AUGCACCACCUGUCCUUUUUGAACACUACACAGCUCCAGCAUCAAAAUUUGACUCAGAACAAGACUGAACAGGAUGCUAUACAGGAUGCGACAGAAAAAGAUGUGGAUAUAGAAGACACAGCAACACAGGAUGAGGAUGAGGAUCAGAUGUAUGAUGAGGACAUAGAACCUGUGCAAAAUGGUGACGAGGACAUCCCUCCACAUGAGGAAAGGCCAGAUCCUGAGUUUGAAUACCAUCUGUUCAUUAAUGAUGAUUAUUCUGUUUUUUUACUAUUUCAAUCUUUGAUUAUUUAUUCAGGAGAGCCGCCUAUUCCACUGCGAAAUCCCUCCAAGGACAACUGGACACUAUAUUGUGAUUGCAUUGAAUUUGAAGCUGCCGAACUGCUGUAUAAGAAGACACAGGUGUCCUCAGGGGAUAUUAAUACACUCAUGGACUUUUGGCAUGCAUCCUUCAUCAAAAACGGCCUACAGGAAGAUUGUGUGCCUUUUGCCAGUGCUGAUGACCUUUAUAGGACUAUUGAUCCACCAUCACUUGGAGACAUUCAUUGGCAAUCUUUCAUGUUUGCUUACAACAGCAAACUUCCAGACACUGAUAUCCCUGACUGGAUGACUAAAUCUUAUGAAGUCUGGUUUUGCAGCCCACACGCCAUCAUAAGAAAUAUUCUUUCAAAUCCAGACUCUGCAGGAUGGUUUGAUUACAGGCCCAUAUAUGCCAACACUUAUGGAUCAAUGUUUAUCCCAAUCAUCCUUGGGAGUGAUAAAACAACUGUUUCUGCUGCAACAGGACAAAACAGAUUCUAUCCAAUUUAUAUAUCUAUAGGUAAUGUACAUAAUAGUGCGCAUCAGGCACAUAGAAAUGCAGUCGCUCUUCUUGGGUUUCUUUCUAUUCCCAAGACUGCAAAAAAAUAUACAAAUAAUCCAAGACAAGUAAUAUAUGGUCUUGGUCCAUAUAUUGCAGACUAUCCUGAACAAGUCCUUCUGGUUUAUAUUGUACAAGGCUGGUGCCCUCAAUGUAUUUCAAUGACAGAUAACUUAGAUGUAUCAAGGCCAUUUACUAAUGAUUUCCCUUGUGCCGAUAUUCACGAGAUACUCUCCCCUGAUCUCUUACACCAAAUCAUCAAAGGCACAUUCAAAGACCAUUUGGUCUUAUAUGUGGACAAAUAUCUUGUCCUAACACAUGGCAGAAAAUGUGCAGACCAAAUCUUAGAUGAUAUUGACUCUUGUAUUGCUGCUGCACUAUCAUAUCCUGGUCUACGCAGGUUUCCCCAAGGCUGUGGAUACAAGCAAUGGACGGGGGAUGACUCCAAAGUGUUGAUGAAGGUCUCUCUUCCUGCGCUUGUGGGUCAUGUACCUGAUGGCAUUUUUAGGGCCCCAAAUGGCCUCUGUUUGUCUAUCACUGAGGCAAAGCACAUCAAGGCCGUCAAAGAACCUUCAAAAUGUUCCAGCUGUUAUGAAGCCUUGAGACAAAUGCUUACUACAAACCAACGUUUUAACAAGCUAGCAGCAUCAUGUGUGGAUUUUACAAGCCGAGGGAUGCUUGAGGAUGAUAUUCUAACAUAUGCAUUGGCCAAUGCUGACUUAGAGCUUGAAGGAACAUCUGGACAGCCCAGAUGCUCCCCCUCAUAUGAUGUUCCCUUGAGAGGUUGCCCCAGGCUUUCCCCCAACACAAAAAUAUCAGUGGUACACUCUGCAACCAUAUAUUUCCACACACCAAGUGACAAAAGUGGUGUUUAUGGGAUGCAUCGUGAAGUGAUCUGCAUAACGCCAAUGUGGCAAAAAGGCCUUGAUGUUGUUUGUGUUUUACUACUCUUUUCUUUUUCCUAUCGAGGAGUUUGCUACCCAUGUGCAUUAGUGCAGUGCUUUUUCCACAUUGCUGAUGAAUGUGAUGAGCUCACUGGGAUGUGGAUUGUGCAUCCAGAUUACAAUGAGGAUGGCUCACCUACACUUCAGGUUAUCCAUACAGACUGCAUCAUUGAAGCUUUGAUAGGAAAAGAUAUCAACUGUGACAACUCUCUUGAUUCUUUUGACUCAUUCUAUGUGAAUAAAUUUAUUGAUCACAAUGCGUUCAAAAUCACUUUCUAG